UGUAGGAAUGCCCACAUGCAGGAACGGCCACAUGCAAUCACAAAUGUAUUAAAGUUGGACAAUUCCAUAAAAUUCUUGAAAAACUAGUAGGUUGCUAGAAAGAGUAGGGUAUUAAACAUAGCUGCUAAUUUGUCAGGAAAAAUAUGAAAUUCUAUGGGAGCUUGUGUGACACACACACACACACACACAGUGGACAGAGGCUUAGAGCACUGUGAGUUCAUUUGGGAUAUGUGAACUGGCUCAUUGACACUGAAGAGAGGUGGAGAAAUCCAUUCAGCCCCCCCCAGCAGUGACACUCUCUCUGCCAUGGCCUCCUGUAUCACUGCCCACAAGGGCUGGUUUGGUGAGAGGGGGGUUCACCAGGGGGUUGGGCUGGACAUCCUCUUCAGUGGCAGGGACUUUGACACACCAGAUCUGUACUCCCCAAAUGACACUAAACAACCUCAGGAGACCAAGUCACACUAUGCCUGUCCCAGGGCCCCCCAGAGGUCCAUGCAUGGCUGGGGCACAUACAGCCCCCCUCUGCAGAUAUCCAGCCCCAGCACUGAGAGAAGAGGGGGAGCAUCCUCUUCUGCCAGGCCUGUCUCCCUCAACCAGUGCCAGGGCUACCAUGCCCACACCCUGCCCCUGCCCCGCAGAGUCCUGGCUGUCUUCAGACCCAGUGUCUACAGCAGCACUCAGGGAUUUAAGACUACCACAGUGGACAAACCUCGCAUGCUCAGAGCCACUAUCAGAUCCCGCCCCUCGGACCCUAACCAGUCUGGCCGACAGCAGAGCCAGCACCAGAGCCAGGACCAGCACCAGAGUCAGCCUUUCCAGCACCAGCAGCAGCCCAGACCAAACCAGCAGCAGCACCAGCGAAGCCUAAGCCCCAAGCUUCUCUACCAACCAAGCCUUCGUCCCAAGCCGGUCUACCAGCCAAGCCUCAGUCCCACUCUUCCUGUCUAUAGGAGACUCACAACCUGGCAGCACAAGGACAACACCAACAUAGACAGCAACACCAUCAAGACCAACAACAGCUCUCACAGUAACAGCAUCAAGAGACAGGUGGACAUGACGUCCCAGAAUGUGUUUGGUCAGCCACGUGUCCUGGCCUCGCUGCGGGGACCUCCCUCUCCGCGACAGACCCGCAAGACAACAAAUCUAGAGGAGGAACUGAGGAGGCUCAUCAUAAUGGACAACACAUUAGAGGAAUCAGGGAGGGAUGCAUACUGCCGUCAUAGCCUCUCCACAGAGAUCAGUCUAGGCAGUGGUCCCAUGGACUACAGUCUGGCCUGUUCCCCAGUGUCUGACUGCUCAGAGUUGGCAGGGCUGGAGGACCUGUCUGCCUCUGAGCUGUCCCUGACAGAGGGCUGGGACUCUGGGCACAUCCCCCUACCGGACCCUGCAGGGAGCCUGAAGUGGAGCAACCUGGUCAACACUGCCAAGGCCUAUAAGGCACAGAGGACAGUGGAGCCCAUUCCCCCCAGUAAGUCCAUGAAGCAUGGAUCAAAGGGUGGACCCACGGCUUGCCCACCCAAUUACUACCCUCCUCAGGACUACAAUUUCCAGCCUGUAAUAAGAAGUGAAGUGACCAGUGAUCUGUCUGAUAGACUUCACAACCUGGAGGUGCUGCUGAGACACUUGGAGAGCAACCUGGAAAAGGAGAAGCAGGACAGGAUAGCCCUGAUGGGGGAAGUGACGAUUCUGAGGGAGACCAACCAGCGCCUGUGGGAGGAGUCUCUUUCAUCUAAUGAAAAGCUCUGUAAACUCAGCCUGUUGUUCAACGUGGCCCCAGGAAUGGUGCCUAGAGAGAGAGAAUGACCAACAACACUAAGAGGAGAGAGGGAUAACUUGAACAGAGGGGUGGAGGACUGUCUGCAAAAUGUGAUCAGAGAAUGAGGAUAUAUAAACUCAGCAAAAAAAUAAAUGUCCUCUCACUGUCAACUGUGUUUAUUUUCAGCAAAAUUAACAUGUGUAAAUAUUUGUAUGAACAUAACAAGAUUCAACAACUGAGACAUAAACUGAACAAGUUCCACAGACAUGUGACUAACAGAAA